CACUGAUAGGUGGCACUGAUAGGUGGCACUGAUAGGUGGCACUGAUAGGUGGCACUGAUAGGUGGCACUGAUUGGCAGCACUGAUAGGUGGCACUGAUUGGCAGCACUGAUAGGUGGCACUGACUGGCACUGAUGGCUGACACUGAAAGACAGUUCAGAUGGACACUGAUAUGUGGCAUUGAUGUGGCACUGAUGAGCACUGACAGCUGGCACUGCUGGGGCUACACUGAUCAUCAGUGCUCUGAUGAUCACUGUCAGUGUGACAGCUCGUGAAGAGAGAAAUGCCGAUAACUGGCAUUUCCCUGUUUACAUGUGAUCAGCUGUGAUUGGA